CUAUAAAAGGAAGAGGGGCAAUACCCCAUUUUGGUACAUCAAUUUCAAACCCCAAUUUACAACAUAUAUUUUCAAGAAAAUGGGAAAAAAAGUAUGUCAUGAUCUUCUUUCAUCAACAUGGGAAGAAGGAGAUGCAAGAGAUCAACUCUCAACACAAACAUAUGUUGAGAAAAAACUCAAAAUCUUCGGGUUUGAGCUACAACAUACUUCCCUUGACGAAAGUACCAUCAAAACCAACCAUUUAAGGCCAACGGAAGGGGAAGAGAGCGUAAAUUCAUCAUCAACAACGAUUGAAAAGAAUGAUCUUCCUACAGAGGUUAAAAAGUUCGAGUGCCAAUAUUGUUUCAAAGAGUUUGUAAACUCGCAAGCGUUAGGAGGUCACCAGAAUGCACACAAGAAGGAAAGAUUGAAGAAAAAACGAUUGCAAUUACAAGCUAGAAGGGAAAGAAUCAACUACUACCUCCAACCUUAUACCCAUAACAAACAUGGGAUGAAUUUUGAUUUUCAUGGUUAUUAUGAUUCAGAGUUCGAGUCUAAUAUUAGUUUUAGUCGGUAUGAUGAUGAUCUAUUGUCGUUUAGAGAUCCAUGCAAUUUUACUCUUACACAUGUAGAUAGGUCAAGAGGCAACUACAUACCAGUCUCUAUGAAACCAGCUCCUCGAGUUGUUGAAUUAAAACAAAACCAUGCAGAUUUGGAUCUGCAGUUGAGUUUGAGCUCGAACUCCAUCAUGUAAAACAAGAAAAGUGAAAAGCCAUGAAUUUCUCAUGAUCAUAUGUAAGUAAAUUAGUAUCUUGAAACUAAUAUUCAAAUCAUUGUUUUUGUAUGAUUUUUUGAUGACGAACAAGAGCAUCAUUGGAUGCAUAACUACUGUAUAGUA